AUGAGAAAGUCACAAUCAAAUAAUAGUAUGAGUGUGCUUAUUGAAACUACAUUAGGUGAUAUCGUUAUAGAUCUAUACACAGAUGAAUGUCCUAUUGCAACCAAGAACUUCUUAAAAUUAUGUAAAAUAAAAUACUUUAAUAGUUGUCUAUUUUAUAACGUUCAAAAAGAUUUCAUAGUGGAGACGGGUGAUCCUACAAACACUGGUAAAGCUGGUGAAAGUAUAUAUGGACAACUGUUUGGUGAAGAAGCUAAAUAUUUCGAAGAUGAAAUACAUCCAAAGAAAUUGACUCAUUCAAAUAUUGGAACUGUUGCAAUGGCAAAUGCUGGAAAGAACUUGAAUGCAUCAAGAUUUUAUAUAACAACUAAACCUAAUAUAGAUUAUCUAGAUGAUAAACAUACGAUAUUUGGACAGGUGGUUGAAGGAUUGGAUACUCUUGCAAAGAUAAACGAUGCUUUUGUUGAUUCAAAGAACAGACCACUCAAAAAUAUAAGAAUGUUGCAUACCAUCAUUUUAGAUGAUCCAUUCCCUGAUCCUCCAUCAUUAGAGAUACCCGAUAGAUCACCUAAUUUUAGAAAAGAUCCAGAUGAUAAUCGAUUUGAAGCGGAUGAAGAUAUAGAUGAAGAUACAAAAGGUAAAACCAAAGAAGAGAUCGAAGAGGAGUUGAAUGCAAAGUCGGCAAGAGGAAGAAGUGAAUUGCUAGAGAUGUUGGGUGUACUCCCGGAUGCCGAUAUAAAGCCACCCGAGAAUGUAUUGUUUGUUUGCAAGUUGAAUCCCGAUACCUCCUCAGAGGAUUUGGAGUUGUGUUUCUCGUCGUUCGGUAACAUCAGAAGUUGCGAGGUCAUCAGAGACCCCGUUACCAACGAUUCACUCUGCUACGCAUUCGUUGAAUACGAAACAAAGAAACAAUGCGAGACUGCCUACUCAAAGAUGGAGAAUGCACUCAUCGACGAGCGAAGAAUUCACGUCGACUUCUGUCAGUCCAUUGCAAAAGUAAAGUUUGGUUAUGGUGCAAAGAAAUUCUUAUCUGGUGGUAAAAGAAUAAAUAGUAGUUUAGUUAAUCCUCAACAUCAUAUUUUAACUGGAACAAAAGGAUAUGACUACGUUUAUGAUGAUAACGAUCAGCCGGAAUCAAAGAAACAAAGACAAAACUACAACGACAGAAGUAACAAGGGUAGAGAUAACAGAGACAGAGAUAGAGAUAACAGAGAUAAUAGAGACAAUAGAGACAAUAGAGACAGAGAUAGAGAUAGCAGAGACAGGGAUAGAAAUAAAAAUGGUGAUAGAUAUAAUGACAGAGAUAACAGAGACAAUAGGGAUAGAGACAGGAAAACAGAUAGAUAUGAUGAUAGAGACAGGAACAGGAAUAGAGAUAGAUAUGAUGAUAGAAAUAGAGACAAUAGGGAUAGAGAUAACAGAGACAGAGACAGAGAUAGAGAUAGAGAUAGCAGAGAUAAUAGAAACAGGGAGAAUGAUAGAGAUAGAAGCAGUAGAUUCGAUGAUGAUAAGAGCAAAGAUAAACAACAUAGGGGUGGUGAUAGAACUAGUGAUAGAACUAGAGAUAGAUAUGACGAAAGAGACAAUAGGGAUAGAGAUAGAUACAGGUCCGAUAGAUAUUAA